AUGGCAGGCUCCAAUGAGGCUUCACCAACCCAGGGCUCCAUCCCGCCUGAGCUCAACACAAUCACGCCUGAACGGCAAAACCGCCUGCAGGUUUCCAUGACAACCCGGAGGCACUGCGAGCUUGGGACAAAGGCUGGCAGGAGCCCUGAUGCAGCAGAGAUGGAGGAGGUGGUGGUGGUGGGGGUAGUUGGGGUGAGGAGAAGGGUAGAAUUGGGAGGGGGUAUCGAUCACACAAACAAGGACCUGAAGAAAAACUUUGAGGCCUUCGCCAGUUUUGACCUGUGUGCUUCACAUGGUCUGUCUCAUGAUCCCAUGCCUGUCAGGGAUGAGGAGAACAGUCAUGGUACCCGGUGUGCAGGGGAAGUUGCCAUGGAGGCCAACAACUCCUACUGCGGUGUGGGCAUUGCCUUCAAUGCCAGGAUCGGAGGUAUCCGCUUGUUGGCUGGCCCUGUCACUGAUGCCAUGGAGGCCACGGCGCUGACCUUCAACAUGCACUUCAUCGACAUCUAUGUCUGCAGCUGGGGCCCACGGGACGACGGGGCAGAGAUGGACGGGCCGCACAGCCUGACAGAGAAAGCCCUUUGGCUAGGAGCCCACAAGGGCAGAGGUGGGAAGGGCAGCAUCUUUGUGUGGGCGGCAGGUAAUGGUGGAGCGAAUCACGACCACUGCGGUGCAGAUGGUUACGUUAACUCCAUCUACAGCAUUGCCAUCGGCGCCGUCUCUCAAAUGGGAAAGCCCACCUACUUCGGUGAGCCCUGCCCCGGUGUGAUGGCCGUCACUCUGACAGGGGCUGGCGUGGGAGCCUCACAACCUCUGGUCACAGUGACCAACAUCGGUGAUGGCUGUGUCACACACUUUCCAGGAACAUCCAGUGCCGCUCCAAUUGCUGCAGGGAUUCUGGCUCUUGCCUUAGAAGUAAAUCCUGCACUGACAUGGAGGGAUGUUCAGCAUUUGAUCGCCAAGACAGCAAAGAUCCCCGACCCCAAAGAGCCAGGCUGGAACAUCAACGCAGAGGGAUACCAUGUUCACCAUAGGUUUGGCUUUGGAUUGUUGGAUGCAGGACUGAUGGUGCAGCAGGCCGCUAACUUCAACACUGUUGAUCCACAGAGGACGUGCGCACAAGAAGUCCUGCUCCAUCCUAACAGAACACUUCAUCCAAAAAAGGCAGUCACUGUGAACAUCCAAUCGGAGGCCUGCCAUGGAACAGCAAAUGAGAUCAACUCCCUGGAACAUGUUCAGCUGAGAGUGAAUAUCAGCAGCGUGUGUCGUGGUGACCUCUCUAUAAGCCUGAAGUCUCCAGCCGGCACUGUAUCGAUGCUGUUGGACAAACGGCCCAACGACGGCUCCACUUCUGGCCUUAAAAACUGGACCCUGAUGACUGUGCACUGUUGGGGGGAGCAUCCGCGAGGUCUCUGGACCCUCGAGGUGACUGACCAUAAAGGCUCAUCGUGGACCUGUAGUAGGCCUCAGGAUGAGGAGGCGUCAGGAGCCGUGCUCAAUGUUACACUCAUCCUGUAUGGCACCUACCACCCAAAGAGGAGUGUGCAUGAAGGACCCCUGGAGAGCAUUGUGUCCAUGGGAUCGCGUCACCCCAUCCCUCACAUUGGGUUGUACCCUAGGGACGGCUUCCCCCCUCUGGACCUGAUUCAAUGGAUCUACAAAAUGGAGAGAGACAGGAAGGUUCGAGCUGCAGACAUCCCCGUCCCGACUAAAGACAGGAUGUUGAAGAGCCCCAAUAAGUUAGUGAUGGUGACCCAGACCCAGAGGAAGGCCCCAACAUCUAGUAUGGAUUUCCAGUCUCAUCAGACAGAUGCUGCACAGAAGUUCUCAGUCGGAUCUUCAAAUGUGAAAAAGCAUCAUGACACAAAGACCAUCAGAGAUACUGUGGACAGAGAGAAACGGUCCUUACCAUCACAGGCUCUGCAGGAUGUCGGCGUGGAUGUAAAGGAGGUGCUGCGGGGAGACUCUGCAGACCCAGGAGGUGGAGAAACAGGACAGAAGACACAAAUAUGAACCACGGUUAAAUAAUAACAGUUGAAUUCAGCAGUACAGCAAGCCAAUUGAUCAUGAAUCAAUUCCAUGUCCAGUAAUUUGACUGUGAGGCCUCAGUGUUGGCACCCAUUAUUUAUUGUGGAUUUCUAACUUGGCUUUAAAUCCCAAUCAGUCUCCCAGCCACAGAAACACACACAAUCGUGUAAAUCCUUCCCCAAAAACAAAUCAUUUCACGAGCAGGUUUCUGCUCCCAUCUCCCCUCCUCCUUUGCUUUCAGAGGUUGCAAAGGUUAGCGAAAGAUAUGUUUGUCUUUUUCCACUUCAUUGAAGGGUAAAUUCGGCUCAGUGCAAUAAGAAAUGGAUUACCCAUUCAUUAAAGGGGCUGUGUCACUCCUCAUUGAGUUGGACAAAUAGCAAAUUAAUUUCUAGCCGCCUAAUUUCUCUCUGUUCUCCACUGAAUUUCCGAUAACGUCGAAUUACUGAUCACAGCCAUGUGAGCUCCCUCAACUUUUUAUCAAUUCAUUAAAAAUGUGCCACAGUGGAGAUGCUACAGAGGAAUUCUCUCUCCUUUUCUGCAUGCUUCCUUUCCCACCACAACACUGUAUACAAACAGAAAUCAACUCAAGUGUUUAAUUGAAAUUAGGAUAUUAAAAACACCAGAAACCGUUGCAGAAAGUGUUUGGAAAAGUUUGUCUUUUUUUGGAAUCAGCAGGAAACUUCU